AUGUCUACAGACGAAUUCGUUGCUCGUUCCCACAUCCUCCAUCGGACUUUCUCCGAGAGACCCGAGAAAAUCGUUAAAGGCGAUGGAAUCAGCCUAAUCCUCGAGAAUGGCAAGCGAAUCAUCGAUGCAAGCUGUGGCCCGUCGGUCUCAUGUCUUGGUCAUUCCCAACCGGAGAUCUUCGAGGCCAUCACGAACCAUCUCCGCGAUGACAUCGCCUACGUUUAUUCUGGUUCCCCUGAGGCUACCGACGCCGCUUUGAAACUCGCCGUGCAGUAUUGGCAUGAGAGAGGCCAGCCGAAGCGAACUCAUUUCAUUGGGCGGAAACAGAGCUACCACGGCAAUACCAUUGGCGCUCUGUGUGUUUCUGGCCAUGAAUCGCGCAGAGAGUUUUAUCAGGAUUUUAUGUCGACGAAUGUUUCGUUUGUUGAUCCUUGCUACGCCUACCGGAUGAAGAAUACAAAUGAGCCGGAUGAGGCUUUUGUUCAACGGCUGGCGGAACAGUUUGAAAAUGAGAUCUUGAGGGUCGGUCCGAAUCGUGUUGCUGGGUUCAUUGCCGAGACUGUUAGCGGUACCACUCUGGGCUGUUUACCUGCAGUUCCUGGGUAUUUCAAAGCUAUUCGAGAUAUAUGCGAUAAAUACGACGUUCUGUUGAUUUUGGAUGAGAUUAUUUGCGGAAUGGGAAAAACUGGCACCAUGCACGCAUGGGAGCAAGAAGGGAUUCGAGGUCCCGAUAUCCAAACUAUUGGAAAAGCACUCGGUGCGGGCUUUGUUCCUCUAUCUGGAGUCUUGCUGCAUCAGAAAAUCUUCGAUGCACUUUCCGCUGGUUCUGGUGGUCUUGCUCACGGCCACACAUUCCAGGCCCAUCCACUAGCAUGCGCUGCUGCUAUCGCAGCCCAGAAAAUUAUUAAGCGCGACAAUCUCAUUGAGAGGUCCAGGAUAAUGGGAGACAAGUUAGAAGCACUCCUCCGCAAGGAAAUUGGCCAGCACCCUCUAGUUGGCGAUAUUCGGGGACGUGGACUUUUCUGGGCAGUGGAGUUUGUUCUCGACAAGGAUCAGAAGACGCCAUUCCCGAUCAAAGCCAACUUUUGUUCACAGGUUGUCAAAAUCAGUCUUAAACUAGGUUUGAACAUCCUGGGAAAUCUUGGACAUACUGGAGAUUAUCAGGUCGAUCACAUUUUGGUCUGUCCACCUUAUACUGUAACUGAUGGUGAACUUGAGGAGAUCGUUUCAAUUCUUAAAAUUGCUAUUGAUCAAACGAGCCAGCCAUUUAUUGGAGAGGUUCAACGUGAAUUUUUGGAGGGGAGGCUUUGA